GGACUUAGGUGAUUGGCAUCAUGUAUAUCCGUAUUACAGGAGAACGUAUAUAUAAAACGACAUCCAAGUCGAACUAAGACGUGCUUCUAAUUUAACCUUGAAAAUUUAUUCGUAUACCUCUCUUUUUCAAAAUGUCUUCCCCAGUUUGGCUUAUCACAGGCGCCUCGAAUGGCCUAGGCCUCUCGUUCAGCCUUCGUGCCCUGAAGGCUGGCCACAAGGUCAUCGGUGCCAUGCGCAACCCAACACGGGCUGCUGAAGCCGUCAAGGCCAUUGAGAGCAGAGGAGGUAAAGUGGUGCAAAUAGACAUGACGGAGUCUCAAGCUAGCAUCCACGAGAAAGUGAAGGCAGCCGAGAAGAUUUAUGGUAAAAUCGAUAUUCUAGUAAAUAACGCCGGUUACUCGCUCCUUGGACCGCUUUCGGAAUUUACCGAGAGAGAAGUCAAUACCCAGAUACAGACGAACUUCUUCGGUCCAAUCUAUGCUAUCCAGGCCGUUCUUCCCGGAAUGAGAAGCCGUAAAUCCGGGACCAUCGUCAAUAUCAGUAGCAUAGCCGGUCAAGAUGCCCUUCCAACGUGUUCGCUAUAUGCCGGUAGCAAGUUCGCUCUCGAAGGGCUCAGCGAAUCUCUAGCGCGCGAGGUUGCGGAGUGGGGCAUCGACGUGCUAAUAGUAGAGCCUGGCGCAUUCCGGACGAACUUCCUGAAAGCCUUAGUCGCGAACGAAAAGGGCCUUCCCGAGCAUGAAAAAGACACGCCUGUUGGAAAGGCCAUGCAGCGUUUCCAUGAGGUCGCAGGUACCCAAAGGGGAGAUCCAGAUAAGCUAGCCGACCGCGUCUUUGAGGUAGUAACGGGCGAAGGAGAAGCAGGUGCGCUGAAGGGAAAGAUCUUAAGGUUGCCGUUAGGGAAGGACUGUUUGACACGAUUGGACGCGAAGAUUGCAAAGUUAAAGAGCGAUGUGGAUGCAUCUCGGGCAAUAGCUGAGACUACAGAUUUAUAA